AAAAGAAAAAAAGUUGGUGUUAAAAAAAGAAAAAACAAAACAAAAAAAAAUUAGUCGGCACACUUAUCAAGACUGAAUCCCAAGAAUCUCAUUACAAAGUAAAAUACCAUUCCCAUUUCCGGCUUCACCGAUCCCCAAAUCAAUCACAAACUUCCCUCGCCACCAUGGAACCCGACCCAUCAAACCUCACAUCAUCACUAAUCAAACCCAACCCAAACCCACCAACCAAACCCAUCAACAACCGAGACUUCCUAACCCACCUGGAAUCAUACCUAGCCAAACGCGACGGUAUCGACAAGCUCCUAAAAAUAACCCGUUACGCCUCCAAAAUCAUCUUAUCAUCAAACACCAUCCCGACAACCCACCCGUUCCACCAACGUCUCAAAACCUUCGAAUCCAACGUUGGGCUAAGUCGAAAAGCGUUCCGUCUCGGCAAGUUCAUCCAAGACGUAAACGCUUUCCGCUCAGCCCAACUUAAAAGCCCACGAGACAUUAUUUUUGCAACCCUCGCCUACGGGGGCGAGGGUUUAUAUUACUUUGUUGAACAAAUAGUAUGGUUAACAAAAUCUGGACUUAUUGGACUAAGUCCAGCCCACGCGCGAACUAUGCAGUUAGUAAGCGCGUGGGCUGAACUUAUUGGUUAUUUAGGGAGUAUUAGUUUUAAAAUAAGGGACUUAAAGAACUUGAAAAAAGAUGAGGAGUGUUUGGUAACGGGGAUUGAGAUUAGGGUGUUGAGAGGGGAUGGGGUGGAUGUUGAAAAUGAUAAGUUGAAGAAAUUGAGGGAAAAAAUGAGGCUGAAAUGGUUGUCGCUAGUCCAAGAUGUCGCGGAUGGGUUGAUGGCUGUCGCGGAUGUUCGUGAUGGUAAAGGGAGGUUGUCGGGGCCUUUGUUGAUGGCGUCCGCCGGGAUGGUGUCCGCGGUUAUUAGUACUCAUAAGAAUUGGUUAUCUUGUUAAAUUGUUUGAUUUAUUUGGGGUGGAUGGUGAUUAUUGAUUGAUUGAAAUAAAAGUAUAUGAAUCUUUAUAUUUUGUUA